AUGAUUUUUACGACAAUUCGCCGUACUGUCAACGGCACGUUUCUGCGAAAACUUCCCGUUACCUCCCAGGGCUAUCUUGCCAUCUCAAGACAACAAGUUGCACGAUAUAAGGCUGAACCACCGAAAUAUUCAGUUGAUGACCCUCAAAUUGGAGAUUAUCCAAACCUGCCCAUGGAGUCUAGGUUAAAAAGACCACCGCUGGGUUGGUGGGAUCAGCAGAAUAGGAGAGACUUUGGUGAACUGCUCCACGAAGAAGAGGAAGCGUUAAGUGUAUGGGGUUUCGAUGUUUAUGGUUAUGAUCCUUCUACGUCCUUAAAACAACUCUCCUUAUUUUUCUUGAGCGUUGGCGUUUUAACGUAUGUCGUCGCAAAGACUAUGCCGGAAAGACCUGCU